AUGUCGUCCAGCAACAACAAGAGGGCCGGUAGUUCCGCGAACCCAGCGAACCCCGCCGAAUCCGCUGCGACCACUGCUUCGGAGGCUGCUUCUUCCUCGGUCGCAGAGACAACGACGUCGGAGAGCGCGAAAACCACUGCCACCACCACGUCUUCCUCGUCAAGUGAACCGGCCACCACCACGACAACCAACCAUACGACCACCAGCAGCAGCGAGUCGGCCACGCCGUCUGCGACCACGGCCCCGACUACGACAACCACCUCUUCGUCGAGCUCGUCUUCGGCCCCCACGACCACAACCACUUCUUCCUCCACCACUUCCGACAAUGUGAUCACCACCACCUCCAGCUCCAGCGGCAAGUCGACCGUGGUCGUGAUCACGCAAACCCAAACGGAAUCGCAAGCGACCGCAACCAACACCUCCCCUAGCCCAACAUCGACCUCAACCGACGUCGCCUCGCUCUCUUCUGGCUCCGCAGCAGGCUCCAGCUCAGGACUGUCGGACAGCGGCAAAAUCGCCGUCGCGGUUGUCGUCCCCGUCGUCUCCGUCGCCCUGAUCAUCCUCGCCGCAAUCUUCUUCUGGCGCAAGCGCAAAGCAAACAAAGCCGCCGAAGAAGAACGCCGCAAGGAAGUCGAAGAAUACGGCUUCAACCCGAACAACGACCCCACCCUGCCCGGCGUGGGCAUGGCCGUCGGCAGCGUCGCCCCCAAGGACGAUACCUCCUCCGGAUACAGAGGCUGGGGCACGACAUCCGCCGGCCGCAAGGCCUCGACAAAUCUCUCUAGCGGCAUGGGCGGCCUGGCCAUGUCCGAAGGAAGCGGCGGAGCCUAUCACCACCCGAGCCCCAGCGAAGGUACCGCCAACUAUUCCGACGGCGCUCGGCCCGACUCCGGCGAAGUGGAGCCAAUCGGGGUUCUGGGUGCCGCACCCGUCGCGGCGAAUAAUCGGACUGGUGAUAUCCAUCGCGGGCCUUCGAAUGCUUCCUCCGCCUACUCGGCUGCGAACCGCUCCGAGGCCUCGGAGGAAAGUCACAUGUCUGCCGCGCAUCCUUCUGGUGGAUACUAUGGUGAUAAUCCCUAUUAUGGGGAGAUGACGGGCCAUGGUGCCUACGGGGGUGAUGACUACCAGCCUGUCAUUAGGGAUGUGCAGGCUAGGAGGAAUACCCGGAUUGAGAAUCCUGGUGUUUACCCCCGACAAGGCAAUGCGGGUAUUGCGCAGAACUUCUAG